AGAAGGGGGCUUAUUUGAGGGGGGAGAUAAGAAAAAUCCCUCAAAUGAGUCUCAUGAGGUUUGAUCCCUAAACCUCAAGGAUACGAGGUAGGAGCAAUACAACUACUUCAUUACCUUAACCUCAGUUAACGACUUAACGUUUUGCAAGUGUGUUGGCCUAUAAAAAGGUGGGUCAGGGAUGUUAAUUCCAUAUACAGUGUGGAUAUACUCGUAUUUUAGGCAGACAUACGUAGUACAUUAAAAUGCUGCAAAGAGCCAAAAACAGUACAAAUAGCAAGAGAUAAACUCCUGCAACCAUGGAAUGAGCGAGCUUCCUAGAAAAAAAUUUACACGAAAUUACUAACAUUAUACAUCUACACAAAAAGCUUAUAUAAGCUCUAUUAAGCUAGUUUAGCCACUACUUAAUAGUGUCAAUAAUGGCGGCAGCGAUGGCGGUGGAAGAAGCCGGUGGUGAUGAUUACACAAAGGAUGGAACAGUUGAUCUUAGAGGAAACCCUGUUCGUAGAUCCAAACGUGGGGGUUGGAUAGCUUGUUUUUUUGUUGUUGCGUACGAGGUGUUUGAAAGAAUGGCAUUCUAUGGUAUAUCAUCAAAUUUGGUGUUGUACAUGACUAGAAAACUCCAUCAAGGAACUGUGCAAUCAGCCAACAAUGUUACCAACUGGGUUGGUACCAUUUGGAUGACUCCCAUUUUAGGUGCUUAUGUCGCCGAUGCUCACCUUGGACGUUAUUGGACUUUCUUUAUUUCUGGUGCCAUCUAUCUCUCGGGUAUGUCGGUCCUAACACUAGCGGUCUCACUCCCUGGACUAAAACCACCCCCAUGCAACGAAGCCCAAAUGUCCGACUGUAAGAAGGUGUCGCCACUCCAACUAGGUGUGUUCUACGGUGCACUCUACACUCUAGCGGUCGGGACUGGUGGUACAAAGCCUAACAUCUCCACCAUCGGGGCGGACCAAUUCGACGAUUUUGAGCCCAAGGAGAAAGCCCAUAAAAUAUCAUUCUUCAAUUGGUGGAUGUUUAGCAUUUUCUUUGGAACCUUGUUUGCCAACACAAUCCUAGUCUACAUCCAAGAUAAUGUGGGUUGGGCUUUGGGAUAUGGACUACCUUCUAUUGGGCUUGCAAUAUCAUUCUCAAUCUUUUUAGCUGGAACUCCAUUUUAUAGGCAUAAGUUACCUACUGGUAGUCCUGUUACAAGGAUGGCAAAGGUUAUUGUGGCUGCCAUUAGAAAUCGAAGAGCGCCUUUUACUAAGCAAUUGUAUGAACUUGACUUGGAUGAGUAUGCAAAGCAUGGGAAGUUCAAGAUCGAGUUAACUUCUUCCUUGAGGUUCCUUAACAAAGCCGCGGUGUUCACUGGUUCAAAAGAUCCUUGGAAGCUAUGCACGGUCACACAAGUGGAGGAGACGAAGCAAAUGCUAAGAAUGAUUCCAAUCUUGAUCAUUACCUUAGUCCCAAGUACUAUGGUAGCUCAAGUACACACCCUUUUCAUCAAGCAAGGGACUACCCUCGAUAGGAGCAUAGGCAAGUUUCACACCCCCCCUGCAAGCCUAACUGGGUUUAUGACGAUCUCAAUGCUCAUCUUUAUUGUCUUUUAUGAAAAAAUCUUUGUGAAAUUGAUGAGAAAAAUUACCCAAAAUCCAAGAGGGAUCUCAUUGCUUCAAAGAAUGGGACUAGGAUUAAUCGUUCACAUAAUAAUCAUGACAAUAUCAUCUUUGGAAGAGAGGAAGAGACUAAGUGUUGCAAGGGAACAUGGGUUAGUCGAGAGUGGUGCUCAACUUCCAUUGUCAAUUUUUAUUUUGCUUCCUCAAUUCAUGCUCAUGGGGGUCGCCGAUGCAAUCCUUGAGGUGGCCAAGCUUGAGUUCUUCUAUGAUCAAGCUCCUGAGGGAAUGAAGAGCCUUGGAACUGCAUAUUCAACUACAACUCUUGGUAUAGGAAAUUAUCUAAGCAGCUUUCUUUUAUCAACAGUUUCGCGCCUCACAGCACAACAUGGACACCAAGGAUGGAUUUUGAACAACCUAAAUGCCUCUCAUCUUGAUUAUUACUAUGAAUUAUUCGUGAUACUUAAUGUGGUGAAUUUCUUCCUUUUCUUGGUUAUAGCCAGAUGCUAUGUUUACAAGGCUGAAAUUUCCAAUUCCAUGGAAGUGCUUAAAGAUUAAUACAGUACUUCAAUAAUUAGCUUAAAAUUGUAAAUGAAGGCAUUUGUUUGGUGUUA